GAAUGGGCUUUCUCAAGCACAGUGCCCCUCCUGCUUGGGUGGGCCACGCUGCGGGUCCUCGCCUGGUGCCGGUCUGCUGCAGGGCACCGAGUCCCCGAGGCACGGCCUGUGAGACACGACAGGAAUAUCUCUGCUCUUGACUGAGGGCCUCCUUUUCCUCCUGCAGUAUAAUAAUGCCGGUGACUCUGUUAGAAGCAUGCUUUGAAUCUGUCCGUGUCCUUGCCAUCCAGAAGCGGAGCCUGGAAGCUUCCGAAUUUCUCCAGAAUGUGGUUUACAUUCACCUUCGACAGCGUUCCGAGGAGAGAAUCCAGCAGUGCAGCAUCCUCUCCGAGCUCAAGGAGUUGAUCAGCUUCCACUGCAAGUCCGCCUUCUUCAAGCCGGUGGCCCCCGUGCAGUGCGCGGCCCCCGGCAUCCUGGAGCCUGGCGGGAAGACCUACUACCGACUCCUUCUGCAGACGCUUCCUGGCUACAGUCUGUCGCUGGAUCUGCAGGACUUCAGCAAAGGUGUUGGAACUAAAACAUUGCUUCAGUCCCAUUAAUCAUGCCUGGUUUGGGCCCUGCUGUUCUUUCUCAUCAGGGUGAAUUCUGAUUCGUGUAGAAAAGGGCUCAGCAGACUUUUUUCUGUCAAGGGCUUGGGAGUAAAUAUUUCAGGGCCUGCAAACCUCCUGAUCUCUGGUGCAGCUGCUCAGCUCUGCUGUUCAGACUCCAGUGCAGCCG